ACAAAGGAAAGUGAAGGAUGAAGUGUGUGAGAUGCUGGCUGCCAGCUGUAGCCCUGCUGCUGCUUAUUGUAGCUGGAGUUGACAUGGAGCAUCUCCAAGCUGAGAACCUGAAUCUCCUUCCUCCAGAUGAACACAACUUGGUCUUGAACCGUGGAAUGAGAGUGCUGCCCAGAGACUGCCAUGAAAUGCUGAUGACCUCUUCAGGCCAGGCCAAAGACGGGGUGUACCUGAUCCAACCAGGUGACUACCCCAUUGUGGCCUACUGUGCCAUGCAGGAGGGAGGCUGGACCGUGGUGCAGCAUAUCACCGUCAAUAGCAGCGUGAAUUUUGAUUGUACCUGGGCUGAGUACAAGCAUGGCUUUGGGGCUGUAACUGGUGAUCACUGGCUCGGGAACGAAUACCUUCAUCAGAUCACACAAGGCCCUGGGCGCUAUAAACUGGGAGUAAAACUAGUGGACCGAGAUGCCAUCACCAAGACAGGGGAAUAUGAUCCAUUCCUGGUGGAGGAUGAAUCGUCGGCAUACAGGCUGAGGCUGGGGUUGUUCCAGGGCACUGCUGUAGACGCUCUCACCCUGGACACAGAGAACUACCUGCAUGACAACCAGAGAUUCACCACUAAAGACAGAGACAAUGACAACUACUUCCAAAAUUGUGCAAAGCUGGAGUUUCAGGGGGUGCCGGGAGGAGGUUGGUGGUACGACGCCUGUGCUGGUGCCAACCUCAAUCGCAGGAAUGUCAUCUACUGGCAGAAGGACUGCAACAAGGAGCGACUGUGCAAAUACGCAUGGAUGAUGGUGAAACCUUCAGACACAGUUAAACUGAUUCAAAGUGGAGACUGCAAAAAAGAUGAGCUAUAAGGACAUAGGAUUUGUGAUACUGUGUGACAAUGGGUUUGGCAACUAUUGACUAUUUUUUUUAGGUUUUCUUUGCAAGAAACACUACAGAAUACUACAUCACUUGUUUUCUCCUAAGAGCCAUUAAACUGGACAUUCAAUUCACCACAUUUUAUUCCGAAAUGCAUGGACAUGAUCACAAAAUACUGAAAUGAACAAAAAAAUAAAUCACAAACUUGGAACACAGUAUAAAAAAUGCAAUACGGUUUUAGUUUCCAUCGUCCACUAUGUCAAUACAUGAAGCAAAGCAUCUCAUCAUUCCCCAAAUUGCAAGUGCAGAUUUCUGGUUUAUCACAGUUACGAACAAGUGUUUCAUGACAUUAUAGCUUAUGACACAUGUA